AUGUUCCCUUGGCUUGGUCCAGUGUAUACAGAAGGUGGAAUGGUUGAGGGAGAGAAUAACCGAGUUGGACUCUUUGCAUCAAUCGAUGUUUUCAAAGGAAUUCCUUUUGCUGCUCCUCCUGGACGAUUUGAAGAUCCUAAGCUCCACCCUGGAUGGACAGGUGUGCUGAAAGCUACAUCAUUUGCACCACGAUGUCUGCAAGCAACAGUAACUCAGACUGAUGUCCGUGGCAGUGAAGACUGUCUCUAUUUGAACAUCUGGGUACCUCAAGGAUCCAAAGUAUCGACAAACUUACCUGUAAUGGUGUGGAUUUAUGGUGGAGGUUUCUUCUUGGGGGGAUCUCAAGGAGCCAAUGUUUUGAACAACUAUCUAUAUGAUGGUGAAGAGAUUGCAGUCCGGGGGAAUGUCAUCGUCGUCACAUUUAACUAUCGACUAGGACCCUUGGGAUUCCUCAGUACAGGGGAUGAAAAUGCACCAGGAAACUAUGGCCUCAAGGAUCAACACAUGGCUAUUUCAUGGGUGAAGAGGAAUAUUGCAGCCUUUGGGGGUGACCCAAGCAACAUAACCAUUUUUGGGGAGUCCGCUGGAGCUGCCAGUGUCUCACUGCAGACACUAUCACCACACAACAAUGGACUCAUCAGGAGGGCCAUCUCACAAAGUGGAGUCGCUCUGUGUUCUUGGGCCAUUCAGCGGGAUCCUCUCUUUUGGGCUCAGGAGGUUGCAAGGAAGGUUGGCUGCCCAGUGAAGGACAGUGCUGCCAUGAUUUCCUGCCUAAAGAUCAGUGACCCCAAAGCAGUCACCCUGGCUUUCCAUCUGAAUCUUAUCGACCUUAAAUAUCCACUCGUGUACUACUUAGGAUUUUCUCCAGUCAUUGAUGGCGACUUCAUUCCAGAUGAGCCUUCAAAGCUUUUCCAUAAUGCUGCAGAUAUUGACUAUAUCACUGGAACGAAUGACAUGGAUGGCCAUAUUUUUGCUGGUAUUGACUUGCCAGUUAUCAACAGGCCAAUUGCACAUAUACAAACGGAAGAGAUAUAUGACCUAAUCAAGGGAAUGACACUUGACAAAGACCCAGAGGCAGCUGACAGUGUCUACGCCCUCUACACUAAGAACUGGAGCACUAGCCCUUCUCAGAAUACCAUGAAACAAACUGUUGUGGACUUGGAGACAGACCUUAUUUUCUUCAUUGCAUCACAAAGAGCGCUGUCUCUACACCAAAAGAACGCCAAUAGUGGAAAGACAUACAGUUACCUGUUUUCUCAUGCAUCAAGAAUGCCUGUUUACCCUGGCUGGGUGGGUGCAGACCAUGCAGAUGACCUCCAGUAUGUCUUUGGAAAGCCGUUUGUGACACCCUUGGGUUACAGGCCAAGGGACAGGGAUGUCUCUAGCUAUAUGAUUGCCUACUGGACAAAUUUUGCUCGCACAGGUGAUCCCAACAAAGGUGAGUCAAAGGUACCUGUACAGUGGAAGCAGUUUACAGCAGAGAACAAGGAGUACCUUGAGAUCAACCAUAAGAUGAACAGUAGUUCUGCAAAGCAGGGCCUCAGGAGUGAGUUUGUCAAGUUUUGGACAGAAACAUAUACCCAGUUCAAUGAUUCCGAAGUCACAGCUAUAUCUUCUAAGUGAAGGCUGCGGAAAUUCGUGAAAUAAGAAAAGUCACAAAACCAACACAGCUGAAAGACUUGAUAUCUGAUUUCCUCAAACAUCUUUAAAACAUUAACUACUGAUAUGUAAAAGUUUUGCAUAAACCCUGAGCCUUUUACUCUUCCUUUUUCUGAAACAUUAAAAUAUAACAUUUCCAUCAUAUAGAAGUAACACUAUUGGCAUCUGAAGAGCAAAACCACAUUAAUCUCCAAUAUGACUGUCAUUCAUAACAAAUAAAUUGCAAGGGUCUGGCUACCA